AACAUUAGAAAGACUUUUUGACACACAAAAGUUUGCAAAGCUGCUGAAUUCUCAUCUAUUCUCUUGAACAAAAGAGGACAAGACUACAUUGGACUGAAAAAAAGAAACAAACCGCAGUGCAGACACGUAUGUUUACAUGAGAAAGAAGUGUCAGGACUGUGGGUAAGAGGCAGCAGAGAGGAGGGGAAGUCUGACCAAAGUGUUCAGCCUCUUCCUGCCUUACGAUCGGCUCAGGAAGUGGAGGCAGAAAUAAGAGAUAGAGAGAGGGAAGGGCUGACACAAAGAAAUAUAUUUUCCCUUUGCCUUUUAGUUUUCCCUUAUUCAGUCCUGCACAGAUCAACAGGAGGAAGAAAAAAAAGGAGUGGGGAGCAGAGAGGAGGCGGGGCUUUUGAUAGAGCUGAGACAGAGUGACAGAGAGUAGUCGAACCGUCAAUCUGUGGAAAUAUGAUGGAGGACAGCGUUGUUUCUACAGACUCAAGGUGAGUUUAUGAAAAGUUUGUGGUAAUGGGAACUUACAGAACUUUACUCCAUGAGGGGCAGGGGGUUGUUUGAAACUGUCAUGGAGGGGAGGGGGAGGGAGGACGGGGGUCGAAAGUCAGGCAGCCAGAGCAGGAAAACCAGAUGUGAUGACUCAGUGACAAAUAAAUAGGUCAAUAGCUUUUCUGAGGUUUUUGAGAUUCCUGGUGCCGCUUUUAGUUUUUUCAUUAAAUCCUAUUUUUAAGACACGAAUAACACAAAGAGGGUGACUAACUUGGUGUUGAGAAGAGUUCUAGGUUGAAAGUUGCUGCAGAAAAGGGCAGAUCAGGACAUUUGAGGGAGGCAGCUUUGAUUUUUAGAGUACAAUGCCAAGAGUUUGAACACUUUUACCUCAAACUUUGGCCAGAGUAUGAACGAUAAUAGUGAAGAAAAGUGUGAUUUAAGUUCACUUUUAUGAGACAGACUUGUUGAACAUUGUGUCAAACUGUGCGAGGGCCACAGUAAAUCUAUGUGCAGUGUUUGUAAGAGUCCAGAUCUCAGAUUAAAAAACUAAUUAUAUGCUAUAACGGCACAUCAUUUGUUCAUUAGUGUGUGUCAGGAUUGUGCUGUUUGUUUUACACUUGAAUGAGAGUGUAGUUAUCUUUAAGGUCAAGUAAGGUUGACUAAAUAAGAGGUCAGAUCAGGUAUUAAAACUACUUACAAACAAAACUCACCGAAACAGUGCAUAUAGGUCCAAAUGUCAAUAAAGUAACAUUCCUGUAGUAUUAACCCUUGCAUGGGCCCAAAGAUGUCAAAGUAAAAGGACUCAUUUUACAGCAACUUACAGUAACUUACUGUUAAUAUAUUUGACAUUAUUACCCACUUUUUGCAGUCUGUUUUAUGUUGCAACAUUUUGGGAAAUAUACUUUACGUUAACUGUUGUUAUGAGUUUUUUACUUGCAAAAUUGUCUGAAAUGAAAACUAACAGGUUACAAAUGCAAAAAGGACCAUGCAAACUACUUUUUACAGUUAAUUCAUACUUAAUUAGAUUCUUGAUUUUGACUGGUUCAAACUCCACAAACAGGGGUGAUCAAUUCUGAAUCAAUCAGAAUCAGAAUAUUUUAUUUAUCCUCGGGCUUGGAAGUUCAGUGAAAACUCUGCUCCAGGUGAGGCUCAAACACAAAACCUUGGCAUUGCUUUGCUUAUUACUGUCAUAUAAGUACUGCGCAUAACCGAUUGUGCCACUGGAGCUUUGUAAAAGUAACAGUGACGCCAGAGAUGACCUGAUCAUCACCAAGUCAUAUCAAAUCAAUCUGCAACAAGAAGUAGAGCACAUUCCAUCCCCCCACCCCAUUAGCACUAAAGCAAAAAGGUUGAUUUCCUUUGAGCACAGAAAAAGCCUUGUUUUAGUGUUUUUAAAAGACCAUUCACACCAUUUGACACUCCACUGAAAAGAAAGCAGGAUGAUAUAUUUUGUUCGAAAUUACUGCCUUGGCAUGUACAGGACUACAUCAGCAAAGAGAUAAGAUGGACACCAAAAUCAACACAAAAGUCCUCACAGGAGCUUUUAAUCAACCGACUUUAAUAUCACCUCCAAACCAGAGCCGGCCCAAGGCAUAAGAGAACUAAGCACCUGCUUAAGGCCCCACAGCCAAUACGGGGGCCCUCAAGAGCAAUUAAAAAAACCUAUCCUUUAGGAGCAGAGAAAAGAAAGAGCAAGAAAGAAGAAAAAGAGAAAAAAAAAAACGCCAAAAUAAAGGUAUGUUUGCAUGUCAUGGAAUGUUAAUCAAAGAGAUUUGUGAAGGUGUGUGAAUGAUCAACAAUCAAUAUUAUUGGCAGAAGUAGAGGGCCCCAAAAUCCAAUUUUGCUUAGGGCCCCAUUGAGGCUUGGGCCGGCUCUGCUCCAAUCUAUUUAGAUAAUACCAGUUUUAGAUUGGUGGAUAAUGGCUGAACAGCUGCCCAGCAGGAGAGAAGGAAAGACGCGGAAUAUAUCGCAGAAAAAAAGCAAAGGAUGUUAAAACUAGGAAUAAGCUCAUUGAGUUGAUUAACCAAUUACUUCAUCACCCCUCCUAGCCACUACAUCACCAGAACAUCCAUUCCAUUGAACAAAACAUAAACAGUUGUAGUGAUAAAGUUCUUCUUAUUUCUUAUUUCUUGGCAGACCUGAAAUGCAAGUCAUAUGUUUGGACUUAGCUGUGGCACAGCCUCCCGUUACUGGCUAUAAUGCCAUACUUCUCUACUAUCAAGAUGUAAAUAAACGUAAAAAAAUAGCAUCUGCAUGGUUUGGCAGUAUUUCAAACGAUAUAAAAAAUGAGAUUAAGUUGUUUGUAGGUUGGUUAACUCAUCAAAAUGGACAUUAUGUAACUAGAUCAGGCAGGUGGGCAAUAACCUGCAGGAAGGACAAGGACUGGUGGUGCUAGCUCUGCCAGCAUUAGCCAUGCUCAGCCAGCAGAUUUGACAUGGUUUACGUGCAGACUCUCUUAAUCCCUGUUUAGUCCUUUAAAAUGAUUUCACUCAAGUGUGACUUUUUUCUGAGUGUUUUCUUACCUUUAGACUAGAUGGUUUGUGGUAAAUUUUCAUCCAAAUGACUGGGAAAUUAUUCACUGUGGAACAUACCUCUUGACGCACACAAGUUUGGUGAACACAGCGUCAACCAAAUUUUAACAAACAGACACAAAGUAACCACAAACUACAAGACCAACAGGGUUUUUGCUGUGUUACAGGACAAGCUGAGUGAAAAGAAAAUUCCAACUUAGUUUCUAAACAGUUUCUGUGAAAAGGAACUUUAAAAGAUGCUGAAUGUUUUGACUGCUGUGAAAUUUACCCUCAAUGGACCUGUAGGUUGACUGAUAAGAAUGCUGUUUUCAUAGAAGCAAGACAAAGUGUUCCCAAGUAUUAAACAAAGUGAAGUGAUUAUUAGAAAAUCUGGGUCAAACCUUUUAUCUAUUAGGUGGUAAAUGUAAACUAUGACUAUCUUAAAUGCAUGUGGGACUUGAAGCUGUGAAAAGAGGAGCAUAUUUUAGCUGUUAUGUGAAGAGUUUGCGAGGUUAGUCAAACAGUCUCAACUUUCAAAUGCUCACAAAAUAAACCAGAGCCGAUGUAAGGUUAACAAAAACAGUGAUCUCUACACUAAUAUCCAGUUUAGGCUUCACUCCAUUCCCUGCUCUGUGAGAUGGCUUGCAAUAUGGCCUGCAAUAUGGCCUGCAAAACUAUUUCAGGAUGAUUGCUCCUAUGAGUGUUUAACUGUUUGUACAGAUUAUAUGAGCUAUAUUUUCAGUUGUUGUUUAUGGGUGAGGAUAGAGUUAAUCAGCUUUUUCAUUUAGGCUGUUUAGACAAUUCCACAAAAAUGCAUCAUAUAUCACAAUCAUUAAAAUCUCAAAGGAAUAAAGUGCUGAGUAAUUAGGCCACCAAACAAACAAAUAAAAGACACACAAUUUAUCUUGAAUUUGAGUGGAAAAGAAGUUUGAAGAUGCUUAAAAACUUUCAGAGAAGAGUAAAAAGAACUUACAUUACACUUAAAGCGUCUGAAAUCAUUAUUUUUUCAAGUGAAACACAAUAUUUUCCAGGAUGUCUGUGAGCAGUGUUUUACUGACAUUUGCAGUUUCCACUGCUUCCCCAGAUUUAGCUGACCUGACUGUUACUCUCCUCUUUCCUCUGAGUUAGCGUCACAUGUGAAACACAAACAGGACUCACUCUGUGGUCAUACGAUUUCCUCACAUUCGCAGGAUAUUUCUUGUGAAAAACAUGUCUCAACUGGGAGAUAAAGCAGAAACUUAAAUGGUCAAAUAUGUUACAUCCCUCUGAUGCAACACAACACAACAAUUUGUAACUGUCUCGAUGUUAGCAAGACUAUGUUUUAAAAAGAUAAACAAGCAGAGUGAACAGCAGAGGAAGUACGUGUAUAUAAUCUAAAACUGGACAGUUUAGGUCACUGUGUUUUUCUCAUUUAAAGCCCAUUUAAGGCUGCAGCUGCAAACAUAAUGUUUCGACAUGCACAACAAUGGACCUAUGGUUAAUAUCGUCAUGACACACUUCAUGCAGUGCAGGCUGACUGCAACAGGAGCUGAUGUCACCCCAUUUCUGAGGUAUAAUGCCAAACCACUAAACCAGACAGGGGUUUUCUCUACCACCAGAGGGAAAAGAACAACUGGUCAGUUGUUAAUUUUAGCAUGUUUUGAAUUUAGCAUGCUUUUAGCUGUCAAAAAAUACAUUUUAAGCAUCAUUUUCUCAUCAAAGCCAUUUUUUGGCUGAUAUUCUUGCUGCCUGAUAACACAACCACCUUAUUGUAAUCAUAUAGAUGACUGAUAGUAACCCUGUUAGCUUUUCUUUGAUCUUUUUUCUUUGUUACUACUUGAAGUGUUCUCAGUUGUCUUUAAAUUGUGAUUAUGAAGUUUUUAGUCAAGAUCACAUUACCUGUGUUGUUUUCAAGGGCUUUGCUUCUGCAGAGCUCCAGUAGCUAGCUAGCAAUUAGCAAAUAGCUUUUGAGUCGUGGGCAGAAACAGCACUGCUCUGAAGUGUCUUCAUGCUAGUUUGGUGUAAUAUAAGUAGCAGGUAACAUAGGAGCUAUUCAGCUCUCGGAUGUGUUAAGGGGCAUGAUGGAAGCUAAUAUCAUAAUUACCUUACUAAGGAGCAUUGCAAUCUACUAACGCACACGCACUCGUUCGGCCAUCGUGCUCUCUGGACGAUCUGGCCUGCAUAGCGGGGCUCCGGGGGCGGAGCUUGGAUUUGUGACAUAGAAAAUCCCACUGUGUCUGAACCUUCCAUUUGGGUCUGCCAGAGAUUCACAGCGAUUUGAAUUAAGAAAUACUCAGAAAUGCAUUCUAAGUUUUCUCAUGAUAUGUCCUGUUGCAUCAGAAAAAUGCCAUAUGAACAUGUGGACAACAAGAAAAACAUGAUUUUCAUCAGACUGGGACUUUAAGCAGCUAAAUUUAACACCAGAAAAAAGGAAUUGUAUCACUGACAGCCAGCAAUGCGAAACACAAGUCAGUCUGUUUUUCUAUUGUAAAUCACAUUGAUCUGGACAUUUCCAUUCACAGUACAGUCAAAACAUAUGCAUGUUCGAUACAAAUGUUUGCCAGAGCUUGCCAAACCUUUCCUCUAUCUUAUAGCUCCAUUUAGCAACACCAACUGCAUGAUUCAUUUUGCCAUUUUGUUUAUUUACACUUGUGACUUUUGCAUCUACGGAGAGCUCUGUGCUCUCCCUGCUCAGUGUCCCUGACCUUACAGAAAACAUUACAGAAGGCAGGCAGAAAAACCAAACAUGCUCCAGGUCAAAAUGCCUAACAUGUGCCAAAUCAGGCUAUAAUCACCAUAAAAGCUGUAACCUGACCUCACCAAAAUGUCUCCUUCCUAACUUUCUUGGUCUGUUGUGGGUUUUUUUUUGUUUGUUUGUUUGUUUUGUUGCAGCUAACCAGUCCUUCAACACCCCAAAGCCCAUUCCACAUUUGGUUUUGUGUUUGCAUCUUGUCUGCUUAGCCUUAAUUUGGUUGAUGUCUCAUACAUUCAGCUCCUUGUCCCUUUAAACCCCCUCAAUCAGCACACUUACAUUCACAAGUUGAGUUUCUUUGUCGGUGACUGUCAGCCCUUAAUUCUGAAUCUUCAGUUUUGUUUUCUCCAAACAAAAGCGUAAUAAUACCAAAAAUAUCCUCAAUGUUUCAAGUCCCCAUCUCACCAGAGCUGUUUUGGCUCUGGUCUGACAAAGGGGGCCUACACAAUAUUAGAGAGGCGUUCACAAUGUUGUGACUGAAUGCUGCUUACAGAAUAAUAUCCACAAAAGAAGAAGAGCAGAAGUAGAGCUAUUCAAUCCAAGUAUGUCUGUUCUAAAAUUCAGUCUAUGAACUCCUAACAACAACAAGACCAACAACUGGUAGAUGACCCACUUACAGUAAUGCAAAACAAACCACCAAAGUGGUGGCUCCUGAACUUCUCCAUCAUUAGAGGUUCAUCAAAAUCAUGUGUCACAGUAUGCAUGCAGAGCAGAUGUUAAACACAGAUUUCAGUCUGUGUUUCUAUGGUUACGGAGAGUAUAGGAAUAGUUCUGCUCUUGUUUCAAAAAGCAGAGAACAAUCCUCAGUAUGUUAUUUUCUCUGACCUUUACUUUCUUUUUCUCCACAGCCCACUGACAGGGGCACUCGACACUCCAUCCAUCACCUCCAUCACUCCCAUCCCUCCACCAUCCCUGCCCUCCUCCCAACCUCCUGCACGGCCAUGUCGACCCAAACCGCCUCCACCCCCAACGCCCAAAUCUUCCCAGCUCCCCUCUGGUCCUCCUAUACCUCCAUCCACUGCUCCAUCCCUUCCUCCUGCCACUAAAGCUCCCCUGCCUGCCACCCCAAAUCUACCAUCUCCCCCUCCUUUAUGUAACCAUCCUCCUCCAUCUCUUCCUCAGCCUCUCUCCCCUACUCCAGCGCCUCCAUCACCCCUGCUGCCCCCCCAGCCAACUCUCUCCUCUGAUUUAACUCCUCUUUUUACUCCCCCUCCUCCACUUUCUCCAACAAUCUCUUCCACCAUAUCACCUUCUCCUCCACCUCCACCCAUCAUCCCACCAUCCUCCCAAACUCCCGACUAUCUGGGUCCCGUAGAUCGGCUGGUAGGGAGCACCUCGGUGUGGCAAGUGGAGAACACCAGCAAAGAGAAAAUCAUGAGUAUACUGGAGAAACAGACGACAGGGGUAACACACACACUCAUGCACAUACACUUAGAUAAAAGCAGCUGUAUAAGCAGUCUACUGGGUCAAUUCACUCUUAUUUUGAAGCGUAAUUGUGCAAAAAACUACUGAAAACUGGGCCAUAAGGAAGUUUAACAAGGUUCAUAUUAUGUGGCAGCAGUGAAUCCGAAAGAGAUCCCAGCUUUUUCCAAAAAUUUAAAGAGUGCAUGUUGUAAGAAACUUUGGGUAGGGGAUCUUUAGACCUUUUCAUUUCUGGCUACAGCCAUUUUUGAGUGAUAAAGAUGACCUUUGGACUACCUUAUGCAUUAGAUAUUAGGGCUUUUGUUUUCCCUUAAAGGGACAACGCAGCAUUUGUAAAUAGGUUGUAUGAGUUCUGUGUCACACUACCACAAUAGAUAAAUGUUUGUUGGCUCGACUCCUUUAAUGAGAAACUACUGGCAGAGAACUGGCACACAAGCUAGGCUACAGUUUCCAGCAGACAAGGCCAAGUCUGCCAUGUAAUUUAGCUGAUGAAGGAUUCUGACAACGUUGAUGACAGGCCGUUUACUGUGGACAUGCGGACACCUUAAUGAGCCAGAGUUUACAGAGGAAGAACGAGACCUAAGAGACUGAAGGAGAGAGAGGAGAAAAUUUUGCUCUCAUUAGAAAAGGGAAAGAUUACAUGUGGCAAAAGGGAAUGAUGAUGUUGAUGAGAUAUCAAGACAAACAUUUGAAAUUACAGACUGUCCAUGAGUCUGAAAGCUCCAGUCCAACAUAAGUUUCAAGUCAUGAGUCCAAGUCUGAAACUCAAGUCUCCAUCUUUGACAAGCCAUGACCAUUGCCAUGUCACCUUGACAGCAGUGUUUGUCAUUCUCACUCACUUGUGAAACCAUCCUCUGUAUUGCUUCUCUGAUAAAGAAUGGCCUGGCUGUGAACCAUCAUGUUCAGAUUGUCUGUCAGUCUGUCUGAUCCUCUGUCUGUCUCCAGAGAUUCAUCUCUAUCAAGUGAAGAAAUGCUUCUCAUUCUUUUACAACCAUCCAGAGCUGAAUGAAUCACAAAACCUGAAGAGUCAAAAGGACGUGUGUCUUUGAAGUCUCACUGUUUUUCUUUGUUGCAUAGUAAAACAACCUGUGGUCCACAUUAGAGAGUACUUGGACACACAUUUAAUCUGGUUGAGAUAAUAGAGAUAAAAGAGUUAGAGAUAGUGUUGACUCAUGUCACACUCACCGAUCAGGGUGUUGUUCUACGUUUUAAGCAUGUUUCCACUUGUAACGGGAUGUAAGGGGACCUGUAGAAUAAAUUAUGUCUGAUGGUGACAUUAAUAAAUUAAGAUUAAUACACAUUUGUCUCUUCAAAAAACAAUUAUGGUUCAGCUUGAAUAGAGAAAGUGCGUGUUGUUUUGUUGAUGCUCAGCCUGUGGUUUAUGCAAAUUAAAUGACAGAUAUACACAAAGGUAUGUUGACAGUUGUUGCAGCAAAAAUAAUGGUCCUCUGUGUCAUCAGUUGGAAACUAUCUUUCUGAGACAUAUUUUUACAUGUGAUUAUUUUGCAUGUAGUUGAAUCUGACCUUGAGACCUAUCUGCUCACAUUGACACCUGCAGGCCUUCCUGGUUCACAGCACAGAGAGUGAGGGCAUGACACUGUGGGUACGGCUGCCUGAUGGAGAGGGGAUGCCGCUUGUGUGCAACCUGAGGGUCAAACAACACAAAGCAUGUAUGUGUUACACAUUACUGCAUGAAAAAUAUGAAAAGUUCAAGAACUGCAAAAUGUGCAUAUGAGAGCAGAUUGUUUCUGUUUCAGUUCUCCACUUAGACCGCUCCAGUCUGGUGUUUGAUGACAUCACUAAACUGAUAUCCUUCUACUGUGCCAGCAGGUAACAAAUACAUAAAUACAAUUUCAUAACUGGGCACAAAUACAGCAUACAUUUACAAGUACUGCAUGUCAUGCUGCUCAAAACAUAAUCUAUUUACAGGAACAUACAUAUUAGAACCAGUUAAUUUUUCAGUCUAUGGCUUUGCAAUCUUCCAGACAUGUACCAGGAAACAUAGAGAUCUACAUGCAGUCCACACACACAUAUCACACCAUGGAAAUGACUCAUACAUAGAAAACACACACACCUAAUCACACACCAGACACAAAAAGACAAAGUGUGUGAGGCCUCUUAUUGAAACUCUCUGUUUAGACUUACUGCUUCUUUUUAUAAUUUAAUCCACUGUUCAGGGACAUUCUGACCAUUCCACUGAGAUUACCACAGGCUAUUACCACGGCAACCAACAAAGAGGAGCUGGAGGUCAUCUCUGCUAUGGGAGCAGGUAUAUAAAUCUACGUGGAUAGUGCAUUAAAGCUUAGUCAUUGCUGCAGCAGCAGACAAGGAGGAUACCGAAAUGGAAACUAGAAGGUGAAAGGAAGUGCAGUCAUGAUGUACUUUUACAGAAAAAUGAAGCAGGAAUGACACAAUUUAAAGUAAAUGUGUGCAAAUGACAGCUUACUGUAUAAUAAAACAUCCAGCAUACAAGACACAAACAGAAGGAAAGCACAGCAAACACAGUAAAUACAAAAGCAAUUAACAAUAAGACUUAAAGGUCUUAUUGCAUUGUCAUGCAUUUUUUCAGACUCUCUAUUUUUACGUUGUUUCCUCUUUAAUAGCUUCACGUGAUUUUCUGAUCAAAAAAAUCCUCAAAUUCAGGUGAAUGGUUCUUAUAAAACCACAGUGAAGAAUAAAAGUAAUACAAAAUAAAACCAAAUCGUAAUACGAAUUUAAAACUUUAAAUGCAGAGAACCCAUUUUAAAAAUAUAGUAUCAAUAAAAAUGUGAUAGUUAACAAAGUCACCUCAACGGGGAAAAGAUAUCAUUAACUAUUGUGGUAGUCAAGUUGAAUUAAGAGGGAGUAAAAUAUAAGUUUCACCAAGCAACAAGUGUAAGACAGUGGAUACGAAACAUAUUUGUGCAUGGAUGAAAACUAAAGUGAAGGUAAUAAUACACAUGGUGUGAGUUGAGCAGUGGAUGGUUAACUUAUGUUGCACCUGAACAAUGAUGUUAAAAAUGAACACUGCAUGUGAAAGUGAAUGCAAAAUUACCCCAAACUGAAAAAGGUCUAACGCUGCACUUUAUACAAAGGCCAUGCCCCUUUUUUACUGCUGCUCUAGUGAAGGAGAUUGUGUUGCCUAUGAAAGGUGCUAUAUAAAUAAAGCUGAGUUGAGUUGAGCAGAUAGGAUGUGUCAAAUAUGCAUUACAUAACACUUGGUGGUCUGUGAGGCCAUAAAAAGGGUGUACAACACAAGUGAUGUUCACGUCUUAAUAACGUAUAUAAUGCAAUAAUGUACUCUAACUUUGUACAAACUCUGAAAUGAAUUAUUUGAUAAUAGGCAAUACAUAGCUAACACAUUCAUCUAGCACACUUGGCACUCAAAGGCAACUGAGUGAGCUUCACACAAACACAGAAACAGCUAGAAACCGAUAGAGCGUGCUCAGACAAAUUUAGAAUUUUUGAAUUUUUAAAUGUAUUUAUAAUCCAGAGCACAUGCACUCAUAACAAUUGAGAAUAAAAUGAUUUUAAAGGUCCCAUAUUAUGCAAAAUUCACCUUUGAAUGGUUUUCUAACAAUAAUAUGCAUCCCUAGCCUGUUUACAACCCCCCCCCCAAAAAAAAAAAGAGCAAAUUACAUCCUCUCCCUCUUUUGCUUAUUGCUUGCAUAAAAAGAUGUUAAGAUACAUAACAGUUACAUAAGGCCAAAUCAAACAGUCCUGUAAUUAUAAAGUGCAGGUUGUAGAAGUGUGUUCAAAGGCACAAGAGCAGGGAAUGUUUUUAACCUGAGUUUAAAGAUAUUUAUGUUUGAAGCAAAUCUAACUUUUAAAGGCAGUCUGUUCCAGUUACAAGCGUAUUGACUAAAUGCUGCUUCAAAUCACUUAUUUGUAAACUAAACUGGGAGUAAUAUGCUCCAUUUUUUCAGUCUUGGUCAGAAGUCAAGCAGCCAAAUACUGAAUGAGCUGCAGCUGUUUUACAGUCUAUUCUAGCUGGUCUCACCAGCGGACCAUAAUUAUAAUCAACCCUAUUUGAAAUAAAAGCAUGAACAAGCUUUUCUAGGUCUUUCUGGGACACACACUCCUUCAUUCUGGUCAUGUUUUUUAUUAAGUAAAAUGCUGUUUUGGUUAAAAAAAAGGUUAGAUUAGGGUUAGACUUCACAAUGAUUUUAGGUAUUUUACUGUUGAAGAUGAAGCAAAAUGGUUGUGACUCACAAAGCUCAAGGCUGGGGCAAAGAAAACAGGCAGUCUGGUACCAUCAACAACUGACUAAAUCAAACAAAUAAUCAUAUAAUUUGUUUAGCCUAUUGCUCUGUAGUCACACAGUGACCACCAACCACAGCAACUAAAAUAAAACAAUGCAGGCCAGGCCUCAUAGAGUUACCCCUAUAGAGUCAUAAAUACAGUCAUUAAUGUUAUUUUUGACGGCAUGAUCAUCACACUAUGCUGCUGGAUAGAAAACUUUUUCCCACACAUUGGGAAAGGAGAGAUAGUAAUAUUUUCCUGAGCACCACAAAUCCCCAAAAAACUUAUUUUUAUAACUCAUCUUUCUUGAAUGUCUUCAAAAACCUGGAAAAGCUGUGUCAAUAAACUUCUAUCCAAAGUUCAUGUGAGGAGGAGCAAGGGCCAUGAGAAAUCUGAACUUUUUUAACCUUUACAGCAGGAAUCAGGCCCCAUCUUUUGGCAUAAUACUAGAGGCUCAACUGUUCCGAUUAAAACUAUCACAGAAUAAAAUCUGUAAUUCAACAGAAGAAAAAUUAAUUAAAAAAUUGGAUUACCUCAGGUAAUCCAGUCUUGGUUUGAUUAGGGUUAAACAUAUAGGGCACUAUUUUCAUGCCUCGCCGGAGACGUGCCGCAGGCGCUGCGUAAGUCAGGUCCGCCGCGCCGACAAAGCGUUCCCAAGCACAAUUUGGUAUUUUGGUGAGCGGCGCAGCCCAGCGUAAGUAUCCCCCCUCCCUAACUCAGCUCCUCCCAGGGGCGUAAGUCGUUGCGAGGGAGGAGAGAGGGCGUGGAGUGAGUUUAACACAGCCGAGACCUGUUUUCACCAAUCACAUAAGCUCCUCUCCUUGCCUUUAAAUCCGCCACCGGCGAGGCAUAUCACUAUUUUCGUGAAGUAGUCAAAGAGAUCAAGAGAUGUCUGAAAACAGUAAUGCCACAAGAUGGCGACAGAAGGCAGCUCCUCAACAAGUGUCACUGUAAGCGCUGCAUUGGGCGUCCUCCACACUCUCUCAUAUGAGCACUGAUGGAUUUGGUGUGUGUAAUGUUGGACCCACUGGUAAGAAAAACACCCUUUUCCACAGAUAAAGACACUCACAUAAAGUUGCAUGUAUUCAAACCUCACGUGACAAAGGUGGGUUGUGCGCACAGAUCACAACAUAAACUCCAAAAAUGGCAUUAAAAUCAGAACCAUCUGUGCGUAAAUGACGCAUCGCGCUCCGUGGCCUGGCUCUUUCUUUCAUAGAUGUUGGCAUAUAAAAUAAAUUUGGCUCACAAAACUGAAUAUUAUAAUAUUCGUAUGUAGGCUUUAAGUAAAUAACUCAUCCGAGCGCUGAAACAAAUCAUCCUUUCAGCCGUUGCCGCAGCAGGACGGGGAGAGGACACAGAGACGUGUCCAGGUCGAGCUGUGCGAGAAAUAAGAGGAAGAGGGAGAAAGGAGGGAGACAAAUUACAUAUCUUGUUAACUCCAUUAUGUGUGUUUAUUUACUAGAUACUUAAUUUAAUUUAAUGCGGCUUCAGCUGUGUUGAUUCGGUCAGGUUGUGUGUCCAAACGCGUGCCAAACGUGCUCAUCAGAUCAGAUAUAGAUCAGAAUAUAUCAAUAUAGAUCUAAAUGUAUGUGCUGACUCAGCUUAUUAGUUGUUGAUGAUUAUUUAUUGCACUGAAAUCUGCCUGACACUGUGGAAACCUGCCGGUGAGGCAUCAGUGACGUAUGCCGAUACGCCGCCGGUCUACCAAAAUACUACUAGACCAGCUGCGUUUCGCCUGCGCUGAAAGCGGACCAGGUUUGAAUCGGUGAGCUUUCAGCGCACUUUACACGCCACUGGCGAGCACGAAAAUGUCACUGCGCCCACUGAUUCUGUCGACAACUCCCCCUGCCAUGCCACCACGCCCAGCUUGGCGGAUCUCGGUUCACCUCCGUGCGCCUCAGUCCACGAAAAUACCAAACUGGCUAUACGCUGGGCUCUGCCAGACGAAAAUACAACUGCACGGGGUCCACCACCCUCCGUCGCUUCAUCAGCGGACACGAAAAUAGAGCCCAUAGUUUGAAUUGUUUGAAACUUCUGAGUCAGAUUGAGAUCAUUCUGAUCCAUAUACUCAGGAUCAUCUUAAUCCCAUCACAGAUCUAGAAUGCUUAUCAUUCAUAGGGGUUGUUAUAAAGCCUUAUCAAUGCAUUUGUAGGAUUUUACAAUUGUUGCUUACAAAGAGGUGGGUCUAUAUAGUGUUUAUAGAUUUUUCUUCCUCCCAAAAUUUCACUUAAUAGCUGUUAAUAUCAGACAUGAAUUGGUCAAUGUACAGCAGCAAUAGGGAUGCUUAAAUCUGUGUGGGUUCUGGCACCUCCUGUGGACAAAGUAAUGAUCAUCCUUUAAUUUUUUCUUCCUUUUUCACACAUGCACGCCUUCUUGUAAAUUUACCCUGAAAUUUCCCAAAGUUGUGCAUUCACACAACUCUUGACGUCUUUGCAUUUGGAGUCAUUUUUGUGUAAAUCUGGUAAUUCAUUAUACUGGUAGGUGAGAAUACUGUUAUGCCAACAUGCAGAAAGUACCAAAUAUUUAUAAUUCAAAUACAAUAAGUGAACUCUAAAAAUACUUACAAUUUCAUGAGGAUUACUGCAUAAAAAUACAGCAGAAAAAGAAAUGACGCUCUAGGUUUGGUUAAGCAAGUUUGCUAGUGCAUGCUGAAGGUGUGGUGAAUGGCAAUAACUACAGGAUUUCGGGUUUAAAGCUUGGGUUGACCAUGAAAGAGAAAGUUCACUGAUUUCUACAGCCCAGUUGCAGCCCUGUAAUGGAAUCAUUGGACAUGUAACAAACAUGAGAAGUUCAAUCCAAACACUAGAGAUUAAAUGUUUGAUAAAUCUGUCAAAGCUCACAAAGACACCCGAAAGACUCUGACUUCACUUGUUGCAGAUUUCUGGACCGCUGAUCAGAACCAGCAGGAGAAGAAUCAGGACCCGGUUUUGGAUCAGAACCACAGCAGAUUCUUCUUGUAUGUAAAUCCAGUGACUGUCGAGGAGACCCCCGACAAAGACCUGAACCCCAAACCUGACUCUAGCUCCAAACCUGAAAUGAUAACCAAUCAGAACAUCCCCGUCUCCCUGCAGAACGGAGAAGCCCCUCAGACAGCCAUCAUAGAGGUCAAAGGUCAGACUACAACUGCAUCAAGUACAGAGAUUAAAUACAAACGCCCUCCACCCAGACCCCCCAGCCUGAGCUCAGGGUCUGGGAUGGGCCUCCUCUUCUCUCCUCACCCCUUGCCUCACACCUCAUCUUGUGUAAACACAGCAGCAGAGAGAAAAGAGGAAGGAAGGGGAGGAGUGGGAGAGAAAGAAGAGAGGAAGUCAACGUUAACAUCACCUCCUCCCCCGUCACGGCCUCCGGUCCCCCUGCAAAGUAGGGCCGCUCCUCCUCUUCCUCCUGCUCCACUUCGUCGUACCUCCUCCAGGAAAAGCACUGACCGAGAUGUAAGUGAGGGGAGGGAGAGAGAGAAGGGACAAAAUCCUGCAAACAAGACAGAGAGAGAGGAGGGAGGAGAGAGAGGGGAGGCAAAAACGGGAAGUAAAUCAGGUCUGCUGAGUGAGGGUGUUGAACAUGAGAACAGUGGCCAACAAAAUGAGGAGGAAGAGGUAAAAAAGGUGGGUGAAAAAAGAGAGGAUGAGAGGCAGGAGAACAAAGAGGAAGGCAAACACAAACCCGGCCCCCAGUGCCCACCGUUAAUCAAGAAACCGUCCCGUCCAGUCCCUCCACCCAGGAGGAAACCAUCCGCAGUGGACACACCUGUGAACCCCAACCAGGCAGGAGGAGGAUUAACCAAUCAGAGUGCUGGGAUGAGGGUCCCUCCUCCCUCCCCUGCUCGGCGGCCAGAUGUGUCCCUGUACUCACCACAGGGGGGUGCUGUGCUAGGGACAGACCCUGACUCCUGCUCCAACAGCAGCACUGAGGAGGAAGGAGAGCAGACCCAGGAGCAGGAGAGUAACCACAGGUAAGUCUGGACAGGCUGAAUACAGGCUGGAUGUUUGUAACGUAUCACCAGAUAUUGGGAAACCUGCAGACCGAUGCAGUUUAGUGCAGUCAGCUAACAACAAAAAUAAACAUAAACUCGCAAACUUAAAUAUAAAUCAUAAAUCAUCAGACUACUUAACUACAGUUUCUAAAAAUAUCACCCGUGUGAUUGAAAAGCUCCCUUUUGUUGCAGAAGUUCAUCACCAGUAAAUUAGCAAUGUCAUAAAAUAUUCUAUGGAUUUUAUGGUAGGCCAAAGUCACUGUGUCAUAUCCUUCUAUCUUAAGAUCUAAGACUGUCAUCACAACAAUAAUGCAUUGGAUAAGACAGCUUUACCCCCAGAGGGUUUAAAUAAUAAACCCAAAUAUGAGACAAUCUCAUUUCUUUUAGGUGUAUUUUAAGGAUAAAAGUCACUCUUAUAUUCAUGUUGAUACUAUAACUAAACAGCGAGGGGUGUCCCGAUACAACAUCGAUAUUGUAGACCGUAGUAUUAGCCAAUACCGAUAUUGAUCCAAUAUUGGCCCAAACUUGUGCACGACAAGUUUUGCACUCAGCUGCAAUGUCUUUUUCUGACUUAAACAAAAGUACUGCCACACAGCCAAUAUCACUCCUACUCCUUGCUACUUUGUUAGUACCUUAGUAAACACAGUUGUUGUGAUUUCAUGGGUUCUGCAUGCUGCUAGAUAGAGGUGCUGGAGCGGAGUCUGGAAUGGACUGCUUGUAUCAUAGUGCUGAUAUCAGAGAUUUUAGAUGCAGGCUGAUAUAAUCCGAUAUUUGUUUUUUUGCUGAUAUCAGACCAGUAUCCAAUAUCAAUAUCAGUAUCAGAUCGUGACAUCCCUAUGAACAGUAUGAAAUAUUCGAAUCCCCUUGGCUUAUUCUUUGAUGACUUAAAAAAAUGUUUCAUCAAAUUACCAGUAACCAUUAAAAGCAGUAACAAAAGAAAACACAAAAAAGCAAACAGCCAAUCAGGAGCCCUUCUUUUCUUUUACUGAAACUGGCAACAGGGCUGUAGGGAUAUAAAAAAGUAGCUAAGUGUGCGAUUUCAGUCUGUAACAGCAUGCAGAAUUAGACAGCUCUUAAACCCAAAGCUUGAGAUUCACUUAGACUUUGGCAGACCUGCGCACACUCACAAACCCACAGUGCUGUUGCAUCCUGUGUGUUCUGUGGGCUCACAGUUACUCCCCCUCACCUACGUAAUACCUCUUUUAUGGCCUACAAUGCUACAAAGCAGAGAGACAACUUGGUCAGAGCAUGACAAAUCUGUAACAUUCACACUGAAGGCAGUAAGUCACAAGGGUGUAAAUAUGGCAUCUUAAACUGGCACUACAAAAAGGGUUGUGGUCAAGGAUUUUCAUGUGAGGUCUGAGGUUUCACAGACAAUUUUGAACCUGUCCCUGUUUGCAAAAGAAACCCUGAUGAAUGCACAAUCCCUGUAUACCAACAGAACAGAAUUAAUUCCGCUUUUCUGGACAAGUAUUUAGUUGAAUGACUUGCAAGCAGACAAAAUGCUGCAAUAAUAACUGCUCUCCUGAUACUGUGGAUAUUUUGUAAGCUAUAUCAGCCAAACAACUGAUGUCUUCAGCUUAUGUUACAGGUAAACACAUUGGGCUAUAUUUUCGUGCCUUGCCGGAGACGUGCCGCAGGUCUGCCUCGCCGACAAGGCGUUCCCAAGCACAUUUUGGUAUUUUGGUGAGCAGUGCAGCCCGGCGUAAGUAUCCCCCCUAACUAACUCAGCUCCUCCCAGCGGCGUAAGUCGUAACGAGGGAGGAGAGAGGGCGUGGAGUGGGUUUAACACAGCCGAGGCCUGUUUUCACCAAUAACAUCAGCUCCUCUCCUCACCUUUAAAUCCGCCACCGGCAAGGCGUUUUACUAUUUUCGUGAAGUAGUCAAAGAGAUCAAGAGAUGUCUGAAGACAGCAAUGCCACAAGAUGGCGGUGUCACUGUAAGCGCUGCAUUGGGUGUCCUCCACACUCUCUCAUAUGAGCACAGAUGGAUUUGGUGUGUGUAAUGUUGGACCCACUGGUAAGACAAACACCCUUUUCCACAAAUAAAGACACUCACAUAAAGUUGCACAUAUUCAAACCUCAUGUGACAAAGGUGGGUUGAGCGCACAGAUCACAACAUAAACUCCAAUAAUGGCAUUAAAAUCGGAACCAUCUGCGCGUAAAGGAUGCAUCGCGCUCCGUGGCCUGGCUCUUUCUUUCAUAGAUGUUGGCAUAUAAAAUAAAUUUGGCCCACAAAACUGAAUAUUAUAAUAUUCGUAUGUAAGCUUAAAGUAAAAAACUCAUCUGAGCACAUAAACAAAUCAUCCUAUCAGCCGCCACAGCAGCAGCUGCAGCAGGACGGGGAGAGGACACGGAGACAUGUCCAGGUCGAGCUGUGCGAGAAAUAAGAGGAAGAAAGAAAAGGAGGGAGACGAAUCACAUAUCUUGUUAACUUCAUCAUGUGUGUUUAUUUACUAGAUAUUUAAUUUAAUUUAAUGCAGUUUCAGCUGUGUUGAUUCGGUCAGGGUGUGUGUCCAAACGCGUGCCAAACAUGCUCAUCAGAUCAGAUAUAGAUCAGAAUAUAUCUAUAUAGAUCUAAAUGUAUGUGCUGACUCAGAUUAUUAGUUGUUGAUGAUUAUUUAUUGCACUAAAAUGUGCCUGACACUGUGGAAACCUGCCGGUGAGGCAUCGGUGACGUAUGCCGAUACGCCGCGGGUCUACCAAAAUACCACUAGACCAGCUGCACUCCACUGAACAGCACACACACACACACACACACACACACACACACACACACACACACACACCUGUAAGUCUCAUGAGUACACAGCACUACAGUCAAUUCCUGUAAGCCAUGUCAUGGUUAGGAUGUACCAUCAGCGCAUUAGGAAGAAGAAGAGUUUAAAUAUAGACAUCUGUGGUUGACUACAUCUCACAAGAGCUGAGGGUGUUAAAAUAAGGUAGAAGAAAACAACUUUCUAAAAAGGCUCACAUCACUUGUAGUAGGUCUAAUGUUAACUGUAAAAACUGCAGCCUGAAGAUAAAACAAGCAAGAUACUGUUUUUAGGAGAGGGAUUUUACAUCAAUGUAUGUAAAAUGUAUUUCUCUAGAGAAAAACCAUAUGCUGUAAGCUCAUUGUUUAUUUCUGUUUUCUGUUGUGCAGUGUUAUUGAUACGGAGGCAUGGUGCUGUGGAAUUAUGAGUGUUAGGAAAAUGAAAACAUGUGAGUCCCAUCGUGAGUGGGCAUUUACGCUUCAUUGUUCGGGGGUCAUGUGUCAGCACUGUAAAAAGCACUGUUAGUUGUACGUAGAAAGUGUAUGUGUGUAGUAGGUGUAUCCCUUGGUUCCUUGUAAUUUUAAGCUCUUUCCAGCUUUGUUUGUCCCCAAAAUGGAUUUGCAGAUAUCUGUUAAUAAAAUCAUAAUUUUUUAACUGCAGUUUACUUAAGGUAAGGUUAAGCUGAGGAAAACAUUGGCAGGGUUUUUAUUUAUUAGCUAUGCUUUUAAAUACAUGGUUUUCAGCCACCUCUGAGACCAUCAAAACUAUUUUUUUAAGCAGAAAAAUAUCUGGUCUGAUAUUGUCAGGACAAAUGCAAUAUGUUGCUUGCUGAGGUUAAGUUAAAGUAAGGUAAAUAUUUGCAGGGAUUUUAUUUAUUAAUCAUAAGUUAAUGGUUUUUCGCUUCGCCUGAGACCAUGAAACGUUUUGAUUGUGAAGCGGGAAACCAUCUGGUCUGAUCUUGUCAGAAGAAUAGCAGAGAACAGCAGCAAGAUGCUGCCGCUUCCUCUUCCGCACCCUGAGGGGAGCCUCCUUGUCUCGUCCGUGCUGAGUUAAAAUUUAAGCUGCGGAAAAUGCAGGCGAGGGUUUUAUUGAUUGUUUAUGGUUUAAAGUACACAGUUUUCACCACCUGAGACCAUGAAAAGUUUUGGUUGUGAAGCGAAACAAAACUGGUCCGAUAUUGUUGGAAAAAAUGCGAGGCAAAGCAGCAAUAUGCAGCCACUGUCUGAGUUAGCUGAGGUAAACACUUGCAGGAUUUUUAUUUAAUUUCGAUGGUUUAAAAACAUGGUUUUCAUCAUGCCUGAGACCAUGACACAUUUUGGUGACAAGGCAGUUUUAAAAACUAAAUAUCAGACUGAGAUAUAUAUUAAAUCCAAAGAUAGCUUAAAAAUGUGUGCCUCUUAGGUUGAAAAAUGGGAAAUUAAUGCUUGUAAAGUUUUCAAUUCUGUUUCCAUCCAAUUCAGUUACAUAAUGGACAACAACAAGUUACUAACUUAGACUGUAUAUACUAUGGACAAAUUGGUUCCGCCUACCGCCUGUUUACGGAUUUGAAGCCAAAUACCUCUCGUUAUUUCCGGGAUUUUUCUUUAUUUCCUGAAACCAGCGUUGCGCAGUAGCGAUGCGCGCAUUCGGGCGCGCAGUCGCAGAGAGUCGCUGUGAUGACGCUCGGCUCAAACAGCGUAUCCCCCGGGUGAGCUACGCAAUCCCUAAACGCCAAUAGGCUGUAUCAAGUGUCAAUCAUAGCAAACAUGAACCCCCUAAUAACUUUUAAAAACGGAGCUUCACAGAAAAAAGAGGACUUGAGCACAAACCAGUCUUACUGUAACUGCAUGUCAGCAUCACAAGUAGGGGGGAGAAAAAUGUAUGUUCUGUGUAAUAAAUUUCUAAAGUUUGUCCACAGCCCCAUAAGCUUUGCUGGCGGAGGCGGGAUUUAUGACCUUUACUGCAGCUCAUCAACAGAGGGUGCUGUACUCGGAGUGGCUUCACCCAGCAAGGAGGCAGACGCUGUCAAUUCUAUAUACAGUCUAUGUUUUUUGUUGUUGGUUGUUUGUUUUUUCAGUCGUCCUCUGGCUGGGGUUGUGGCUUGGCUUUAAUGUUUACAUUUGGUUGAAACAGGUUGAAAUUAGGUCUGAUUGUCCAAGAGUCAAUUUUAAAUUCAAAUGGCUGCAUGAUGACAUUUCUGUUUCUUUUGGAUUUUAAGCUGCAUACAUGUCAGAUAUGUUAGUUAUGUGGGUAAAUAUGUGGUGAAUGUUGUGACAAAAGCAGACUUCCUUUUGGUACAAACAAAGACAUUGAAUCAACUUUCACUUUUAUAUUAAGUCAAAACAUUUCCAAAAAUGUAUAAAAACAUUAUAUCCCUUCAUUAUGGUAUUACAUACAUACACAUACAUUGCCAAACAUGCAUGCACCUUUGUCCUCGAGCUCAACUGAAAUUGUAUCGCAUCUUGCAACAGCAAAAGAGGAACUCCAAAUAUGCAAGAGCAUGAACAGCAGCGUGCAAAAUUUCAGACAGCACAAGCUUGCUGGGACUAUAAAUAACAAAAACUAAACUUUGCACAAUGCGUUUAAAAGUUUUAAGCUCUGCAUACAGACCUUUAUAUGACACUGUUGAGCUGCAGAAGACUAUACUUCAAAUGGAUUUCACACUGCUUAUGACAAGUCUUGUCGAGUGUUGUUUGACAGAUAGUUUCUGUAUUUGAAUGAUGCAUAGCUAAAUCAGUACUGGGGUUGUGGGUAUAAUCAAAUCUACAUACAUUAGAGAUGAAAAGAAGCAUAUUAAAAGGUUAAUUGGUGUUAUUUCCAGCCGCCCUGCUGAUAGCCGCAGCCCCAAAAUGCCCAUCAAGAGAACUCCGACUACCGUGAUCCUGGACCGAGCAAGGUAUCGCCUCUCAACUGUCCUCACAGGCCUCAUCAGCCACGACCGCCGCCUCAAACAGCGAAUCGUGGAGCUUGCCAGAGACCCUCUGAGCUACUUUGGAAACCUGGUGAGCAGUCGUCUCUUUCAAUUUCUUGGUUCAAAUCUGGCUUGUAUUUUUAGAUUUCUCUGCAUCAGUCAAGGUGGAAUCAAACUAAGCAUCUAUAUUUUGUAUUUUAAGGUCAAAGAGCACCGUGCCUUCACCCUGGAGACCAUGUCCAACCACUCAUCCUCUACUGAGCUGCUGCAAGAGAUCAGGCAGAUGGUGACUCAGCUGAAGAGUUACCUGCUGCAGAGCACAGAGCUGCAGUCCAUGCUGGAGCCACAGCAUCAGUAUGCACAGGACAAACUGGGUAACUUUUUUUUAAACAUGCUUCAUUCAACUUUUCAAUUAAAUUCUAACACAUUACAAAAUUUAUGCUGGGCUUCCACCAAAUGAUUUUCACAGUCCCAGACUAAAAACUGAAAGUCUUAAGUUAACCUUGGAGUUUUACUUGAGUCACAGUGGAUUUUCACUGGCCUCCAAUCAUCUCGAGCUUAAAGUUUAAGGUGGUAAUCUGUGCUGUUUUAUCUCAGUCUUUUCCUAGUCUAGGGUUUAUAGUCUAGGCGAUAACAUCAAACGUGUUUGAUAUUAUCACAAGUCGCAGUGACAUAACACAACCAAUAGAUGAGCUCUAGCAAAAGCGGAAAAGGAAACCUGACAGUCAAAACAGGAAGAACAAGAAUGUAUGAAGAAUUACUGGUAAUAAAAAAAAGGAGUGGAUAGUGAAGCUGUGGGCAGAUCAACCUCCCCUAUUCAGGUGCAAGCUGAUAGUUUUCCAGGAGUCUUUUCCAAAUCUUCUUUAAGUCCACUGAUGGAUAGCUGGCCUUAGUAAAACUAAUUUGUCAUUUUUCAUUUAUGAUAUUUUGCCUUUGGAAAAUGUUUUGUCUUUGAUUGCUUUGUCUAAUCUGACAGAGUAACCCUGACCAUUUUAAAAUCUGCUCUUAAGAUAUAAUUACAUGUUAUGUGAUCGUUUAUAUUUGGGUUUCUGCAGAGAGCAUAGUAGAAGCUGCAUUGUGCAAGAGCGUCUUGAAACCACUGAGGGAGCCGAUUUAUCAGAGUUUGGAGAAACUUCACACCAAUGACAGCAGCCUGAAACAGCUUGCACAGAACCAGGUAAUAACCUGACAUUAUGAGUUGCAGUUAUCCAGAUGACAGAUAUCCACUGUAAUUUGUUAAUGUUGUGUUGUUUUGUGUCAGUCUGUUGUCCUCAACAGCACCACCACAGCUUUAGGGAUAACCACAGCCGUCCCCGAGGCCUCCUCAAUGGAGAAGAUCAGCGUCAAACUGAACAACCUCCAUCUGGAAUAUUCGCCACAGAAGAAGACUGAGAUGCUGCUGAAGGCCUGCAAGAUCAUCUAUGACUCCAUGUCUGUCAGCAGCCCAGGUUAGAAACACCAAUGGCUCUUUGACCUCUGACCUCCUGGUGCUUUUCUUACAUGUAGAUGCAAAACUAAAACAUGAGUAUGCAUGUCAGUAUCUAUAUAUUGGCCUCUAAUUUUGCAUUUAUACUUUUACCAAGAUUGCCUUUAUUACUGCAUUGUAUUCCCAGCUGUCUUGUAGUUUUUUGUGUUUUUCUUUAAAAGCCUCCCAUACAGAGGUGUUGCAAAUUAGCAUUUUGCCAUAAACACCAAGUGCAGUGCAUCUGGGAGUUAUGCACGAGCACGACAUGACAGUGAGCAAUCAAGGAGCCAUCUCUGCAGGCUUUGACAUUUUCUUUUCAUGUACAUGUAGGAUGUGCAUGUGACCAAUUAAGUCUGUAAACCCUGAAAACAAAAAACAUCUGCUGUCUGUUGACUCAUUGUCAUGCAGCAUGUUGUGAUCAGUCUGUACAACAGUGAACCCAAACUGAGCAAGUCACACAAGAAGAUUUAACCACUCCACCUUGAAUUUAAAUUUACUUCCCUUCAAAGAUUACACUGUGCAAAUAUUUAUGUGUUUAUAUGUGUGUGUGUUGGGAGUUGACACUCACACACAUACACACACACACACACACAAAGGGUAGAAAGCAUCCAAACUAUCUUCUUUGCCUUUCUAGCUCUCACUACCUCUGUCUUGGAGACCCACUUUCAACAACACGACAGCCGCAGAUACCACGGAGCACUUAAUUUAUUAACUGUUGUUAGGCUGUUUACAGGUUAUAUGACUUAAUACACUGGUUCUGUGUUUCUGUGUCUAAGAGUCUGUUUCUUUACCAAAGUUUAAAGCGGCUCCAUAAAUCCAAAUUUCGUGUUGGCACAUCUUGAAUUGACGUUAAAACUGCUGAAGAAAAUUCUUUGACUGGCAUAAAGUGUGUCUGUGUGUACUUGUUUGUGUGUGUGUGUGUGUGUGUGUGUGUGUGUGUGUGUGUGUGUGUGUGUGUGUGACAGGGCGGGCCCAUGGAGCUGAUGAUUUCCUGCCAGUAAUGAUGUACGUCCUGGCCAGAUCCAAUCUGUCCGCCCUGCAGCUGGACGUGGAGUACAUGAUGGAACUGAUGGACCCAUCUUUAGCACUGGGAGAGGGUACACACACAUGCACUUUUUAACACAGCACUUACACUUUGUUCUGUUGCUCUUAUCAAACAUGUCCACUCUUCUGUGUGUGGGGGGGUUUUUGCAGGCUCUUACUACCUGACCACCACGUAUGGCGCUUUGGAGCACAUAAAGACGUUUGACCAGCAGAGGUCAGCAACGCGGCAACUCAGCAGAGAGGUUCAGGACUCCAUCCACCGCUGGGAGAGACGACGCACGCUCAACCAGGAGCGUAUGGCCCAGGGAUCUGUGCGGGUACCUUCUAUUUGUACAAAUAGGAACAAAGAUGAUUAUUAUUAAAGAGUACAUUUAUCAGGUUUACACAAUGAAGUGCUUUUAAUCUGAAAAGCAAGAACCAUUGGGAACAGAAGUCACAAACUGACGCACAAACAGGGGUGUGUGAUUGAGCUUUCUUUGUCUUACUGUUUGCUGUGUUUGUGUGUGUUGUGUAGGACUUUCUGACAGUGUGUUGUCCUGAGGCUGGGACAAACUCAAAGACUCUUGGUGUCCUCCCGACCACAACCAUCCAGGAGCUUGCUGAGCAGUGUGCUGCACGCUUUGAACAAGGUAAAGGACUCAUCCAGUCAUUCAUUAUUUAUCCUUUCAUUCAUGAGAAGAGGCUUUUGCACGAUUACUGACUCAGAUACAUUUUGAUGCUGAGUGAAGCAGCGAAUUUUAAAAUCAAUUCAAACAGUCUACUUAGCAGAAAAGAUAUCAAGUCCAAAAUAAUGGUUGGUUUCAGUCCAGUUUAAAAUCUGUCAAACUUGAAUGGUAAAAUCAAACUUAAAAAUGUAGGCAUGUUAAAUAAACAUGUCAUGAUAAAAGAUAUAUAUAAUAAAUUGAUUAGAUUAAAUCUAUUUAAAACUAACAAUGUGCAGAAUUCAACCUUAAUGGUGAAAUAAGGAAUCUCUGCUCUGCUUUAAUAGCUAUUUAAAUUUUGAGACACAGCUUUUUUCUUGUACACUCGUAAUUUUAUUUUAAAGAUAUAGAGACAACUGAACAUGCUUUCAUUUUAUCACAGCUAGUUUAUUGUUGCAGCUUUUUACUUGUCUUGAUUAAAUGUCCCAUGAUAGACUUCACAAGAAAUCUGAGAAAAUUAUGGCUUUCUGAGCAUCUUUACGUUGGCCGCCAGUGCAUUUCAAGAUUGAAUUUUAGAUUGUAAGAUUCACAACAGCUUCUUCCCGUUAUAUUGUCACUUUUUAAUACCCUGUUAAUACAAACCUGUUAAUCAUGGCAUUGUACUACUUUUUAUGGCCUCAAACACCUUAAUAUUACUUUAGAAAUUAAACAAACACUUGAAUGUGACUCAGCAUGAUAAGGAGUAACCAUAAUGACAGUAACUAUAAUUGACAGGUGUUUUCAUUUUCAAGUUUGACCCAUGUCCCAUCUAUUGACAUGGAGUAGACUGGCUUUACCGCAUCUACCGCAGCCAGUCAGUAGGGGGAGCUCUAUUGACUGGCUGCAGUGUUUUGGCCUCACUUUUAGGGAGCUGUCAGUUUCUCAGUUUUAUACUUAGUCCAGAAGGUUAGUUAUUAUUCCUUGAUUAACAUAAUGCUUUUUUGCUCCCUUUCCUCAGACUCCUAUGUGCUCAGUGUCUACAUGGAUGGCAUCCACCGUCCUCUGGCUCCCACAGAGUCGGCCAUUAGUGUAAAGAACAGCUGUCAGCCUGGAUCUUACUGCUUCGUCUAUCACCCCGCCAACCAGCCAAUCAAACAGACAAUUAAACCGCCUGCCCGCAGCUGCCCCACUGACCCGCCCCCGGCUCCUCCCACACAGAUUGUGUCCCCAGCUGAUAUGGUGGAUGUCAAUAAUGUAGAGACGGAGGAGGAGAGUCUGAUCAGCUUAUAACUGUUUCAGCAUCACAAUGGCAGCUGCAGCAUCGAUGUGGUUGAACUACAUCAGGGAGCGUCAACAGGACGGAUUCAAGAGAAGAGGAACAAAAGUUCAGAUUAAUCAAACAGGGGCUGAAAUAUGACUGAUUUUGAAAAAAACAGCACUCUUUUGGAUGAGUUUGUACUUAUUAAUCGGUUGGACAUGAAAAUAUUUUUAAAAACUAGGGCGCAGGUUUAAAACAAAAAAAAAAGUUUCUCACUAGUCUGAUGCAACAAUGAAUUGUAAAAUAAGAAGGUGAAAAAGGUUUUGUUUUGCAAGGUCGGGUCUGGAACCUCAGAGACUGCAGACAGAUUUAGAAUGAAUAAAAGCAUGCAAAAAUAGUUAACAUGCACAUGUAUACUGUACUGUAUCACCAUGUUUAUAAUGUUUAUAGUUUAUGAAACAUGAUGUUACUCUGAUCCAAACAGAAGUUUAUUACUAAUGUCCUUUAACACAGACUUCAAAAUCAGUUUAUCAUCAGGAUAAAUCUUUAUUUCUAUAUAAACAUCCACAGACUUACAUCAGUAUUAAGUUGUGCAAUAAAAGUUGCUUAAAAUUUGGUCGACGGCAGAAACAUCAACUGGAGCAAUUCUUAUUUAAGUGUAUCCAGCAUGCAACAUUUGUAUUUUUGAUAUUUGUAGAACUACUGUAAAUAAACGUUCACAUUUUGCCACUA